CUUUUCAAGGCAUUGGAGCAACAGAAGCAACAACAGCACAAGCCCAAACAACACUGUAACAGAAACAUGUAACACAAAACCACUAAGAUUCUAUCUCUUGUAUGUGUGACUAACUGCUUUAUAACCACUCAUUAUGGAAUGUUUAGACCACUCUUUUCCAGCAAUGGAGUUCAUAGGCUCUUCCAUGAAUGAAUUUUGCAUUACUGAUGAAGACAAUAACAGGAGAUAUGGAAGAUUAGGUCGGAGAAGCGUCGACUAUGAUGAUACUAGAGAGUACAAAUCCAAGAACCUUCUUGCUGAGAGAAGGAGAAGAAAAAAGCUUAGUGAUAGGCUCCUUGCUUUACGUUCUUUGGUCCCUACAAUCACCAAUAUGAACAAGGCAACCAUAAUUGAGGAUGCAAUAACUUACAUCCAAGAGCUGCAGCAGAAUGUGAAGCUUCUUAGUGAUCAGCUUCUUGAAAUGGAGGCAUCAUCCGAGGAGGCAGUACAGACGAGGGGUGAUGAGAUUAAAGCUGAAGAGGAGGAGAUGAAGCAAUGUGGAAUAAUGGAAGAUGUUCAGGUGACUAACAUUGAUGGGAAUAAGCUAUGGAUUAAGAUUAUCUUGGAAAAAAAAAGAGGCAGGUUCACUAGAUUGAUAGAGGCCAUGACUUAUCUUGGCCUUGAACUCACUGACACCAAUGUCACCACAUCUAAAGGAGCAAUGCUUGUUUCCUCCUGUGUUGAGGGUAGUUAUGGCGAUACACUUACAGUUGAGCAGACCAAGGUCUUUCUGCUGGAGAUCAUCACAAGCAUAUAGAAGGAAUAUCAGAUUUAUUUAUCCAUUGUUGCAUUCAUAUUGUUUGACCUUAAAAAAAAGCAUUGACAAAAAGAAAAUUUUAAACCAAUUAUAAAAAU